AUGACUGAUCAUUACCAAAUGCUCCAUAAGUCUGCUGCCAGUAAAUUUUCCAUCUGGGAUGCAGCGGAAAUAUUCAAAUACGCCACUUCCCGAUUUACGGUCAUUCACAUCGAAUUAAUGAAAAGUAAAACCCAACACUCCAGCUCGUAUCAGCACACAUUCGUGAGACACAUCGUCUGGGAAGCGGAGCACUUUGUAUUUCCCUUUGUCAACAUCUGCGCUGCCAUGAAUAUCAACACGACACUGCCGGCAUAUCUGAAUGAGGUUAUCUUGCUCAUCACAUCUUUCCAGACCAAGCUGUACUACGAUCACGGGAAACUGUUCGCCGCAUUCAAGGCAUGCCCGCAUGAGUCGCCAACCCAUCCAGUCGACAUCAAUCGGGUGGAGCUGGUGACCGACCACUUUGCUCAGCGGCCUAAAAUGGCCAGCAUGGUGCCGACACCAAUUACGCACGCCCGCAGCGAUGAUCCGCUCCUGCAACAGCUGCAGGUUCUCCGGGCCGAAGUUUCCUAUCUUGGUAUGGAACUUGGCCGACUCCUUGUUACUAAGCUGGAUGCUACAAGGGAGGCUGUGGCUGCAUUAGAUCGUCUAGAGGAUCCUGUAGAUGAACUUCGCGAGGCAAUGGUAGCCUCCCACGUGGCAGUUGCAAUGUUGCAAGGGCAUUACGACAAUGGCAGGCUGGGAGGACCUUCAUCCAUUGAACCCUUUCCCGGUCUUUAA